AUGCUAACCCAGUUCCUGAGCCAAUACAUGCUGCUGGCCCGCCUUGCCUCUUCCUCCAGCCUCCUUAGAAGCUCCUCCAUGCUGCAGAGUAACAUUGGCUCAGGUAAGCUGCACACCUAAAACCUGCUCACCAAACAAACUCACCUGUAUAAGCAAUAAAGUGUGUGGAGCUCACCUGCCUGCUGCCUGGCCAAUCAAAUUGUGCUGUUUUUGUGCCAUUAAUUAUUGCAGAAAACCCAUUUAAACCAGCCCCUGCUGCUAUACCUGCCUGACAUUCAGCCCCCUCCCCCUCUACUGAACACCUGACCCUUAGUAUGCCUUCAAUAUAAUGCCAGUAAUUAGCUAUCCCAACUACAGUGGCAGAUUCUGAGAAUCAGAUCCAUUGACUUUAUUGGUGCAGUCUUGCCAUGACAGAAUAGAAUGCACAUAGACACUCAUGGGAUAAAACCUGAAAGUGCUGUGGCUUUAAAUGCACAAAAAUUGGUCACAAUAUUACUAUAGGUAUUCUUUAGGUAUAUUGACAAGUUCUGAAAGUCAUAUAGGUAAGUGGUUUUGAUGUAUAGAUAAUACCCCUGCAUUCCAAAUUUUCUGAAAUUUAGGAAUUAAAACACUUUGUUUAUGCACCCUGAACCGUACCUCCCCUAUUGCACAAUGGUGGCGCAGUUGCUAGAUGGCAGAAAUACCACAACGUCAGUCCAAAGGUAAAUUGUAUGUCUCCACCUUAAUAUUGCCUUGAACCUGCCACAAAAAACCCCACACCCUAUACCCCGCCUUACGUUUCUCCGUAAACUAACUAUAGUAUUUUUGGGACCAGAUAGUGGUCCUGCAAGGGAACCUAUAGUGUGCAAAUGAUUUAUUUAUUUUAUUUAAAAGGUCUACAAUGGACCCAAAGGUCCCCAAUGUCAUUUCGGCACUACCCCCUCUCCCUUUAUGACUAAAAAAACAAAAUCAAAGCUAUUGACCAUUUACUUAGUCGUUCCAGCUGUCCAAUCCACCUAAUUUUUCAGUUGCACGCAUACUGAUAUCUUGACAUCUUCUCCUAGAAACAUAGAAUGUGACGGCAGAUAAGAACCAUUCGGCCCAUCUAGUCUGCCCAAUUAAUCAAAUUAGAAUCUGGUGCUUCUUGCAGAGGAAAUAUUGUGGGUGAAUAGUGCAUGUGGAAUUCGCUGUCCUUCACCAAUCAAAUGCUUCUCAUAGAGAAGCAUUAAGUUCAAUGUUUGUCCUCAUACAGUGCAUGAGGAUGUUGAACAUCUAGAACCAAGUCUGACUGAGAUGUGUUGUACACAUUGCUGUAAAUAGCAAUGUUUUACAUUGCGGGGGGUAAACCACCAGGGACACUGCAUACAGUCUACUUCAUUGAACUGAAGUCGUCUGGGUGCUUAUAAUGUCUUUAAAGGAGUCUAAUAUAUUCUGAAAGCAAAACUGUCACUUCCAAAAAAGUGACCAUUCCAUGUUUCCUCAGCCUAGUAAACACUACCUCAGAGUUUACUGGGAAGAAUAAAGUUAAUCUGUCUAUCCUUAGUUAGAAUUACAUUUAAUACUAAGGAUAGACUAAUACUAAGGAAAGAAAGAUACUUUUCGAACUACCUAUAAUACUACCUUUUCUUUUCUUCAGAAUAGAUUUCCCAAUAAAAUCUGCCCCCUUAUUGCACGUCACGCAGUGCCCAGUCAAUUAUGGACAGAGGGAGCAUAAUAUAACAUCUAAUUUAGUAAAAACACAUUUACAAGCUAUCAAACCAUAUUUGAAAAAAUAAUAUUGGUAAACACACACACACACACACACACACACACACACACACCACCGCCAUAACAUUAAAACUACUACUGACAGGUAAAGUGAAUAAAAUUGAUUAUAUCAUUACAAUGGCACUUGUCAAGGAGUGGGAUAUAUUAAGCAGCAAGUGAAAAUUCAAGUUCCUGAAUUUCACGUGUUUGAACCAGGAAAAAUAGACAAGUGAAAAUAUCUGACUUUGACCAGGGCCAAAUAGGGAUAUCAUCAAAGCAGCAAGUUCUGCUCCGGGUAUGCAAUGAUUAGUAACUACCAGAAGCUGUGCGAGGAAGGACAACCGAUGAACCACCGUCACAGGCAAGGGCGUCCAAGGCUCAUUGAUGCACGUGGAAAGCAAAUGCUAGCACGUCUGGCCAAACCGCAGAGAACAGCUGCUGUAGCUCAAAUUGCUGAAAAACACACAUUGCAUCGUAGUUUGUUGUGUAUUGGGCUGCAUAGCCCUAGACCAGUCACAAUGCCAAUGAUGACUUCUAUCCAUAGCCAAAAGCACGUUUACUGGGGACCUGAGCAUCAGAACUGGACCAUUGAGCAAUGGAAGAAUGUUGUCUGGUUUGAUGAAUUGUUUUCUUUUAGGUCAAAUGGAUGACCAGAUGUGUGAGCAUCUUUUAUCUGGGGAAGAGUUGGCAGCAGGAUGCACUAUGGGAAGAAUGCAGGCCGGUGGAGGCAGAGUUAUGAUCUGGGCAAUAUUAUGUUGGGAAACCUUGGAUCCUGGCAUUCAUGUAGAUGUUACUUUGACAUGUACCACCUACCUAGAGAUUGUUGUAGACCACUUACACUCAUACAUGACAAUUGUCUUCUCUGAUGUUAGUGGCUUCUUUCAGGACAUAAUGCACCCUGCCACACUACAAAAAUUGUUCAGGAAUGGUUUGAGAAACAUGAAAAAGAGUUCAAGGUGUUGCCUUGGUCUCCAAAUUCCCCAGAUCUCAAUCCAAUUGAACAUCUGUGAGAUGUGCCUGAACAACAAAGCUGAUCCAUGGCGGUUCCACGUCAAAACUUGUGACAUUACCUGACGAUCCUUUAAGUCCUACAAGACACAUUCAGAGAUCUUGUGAAGUCCAUGCCACAACGCUUCAGAGCUGUUUUGGCAUCAUAAGGGGGAACUACACAAUAUUAGGCAGGUGGUUUUAAUGUUGUGGCUGAUCAGUGUGUAUAUGUGUAUGUGUGUGUAUAUGUGUAUGUACACAUAAACUAAAUACCUGAUGUGUUAUUCGCUAAAGUACAGUUGUUUGGAAUUCAAAGUGACUUUCAAACUUGAGACCAAAAUAGCUGAACUGAAAAAAUUAUCCAAGUCAGCAAUGCUUCCAGUUCAACUACUUUAGCCUUGAAUUGGAAAUUCCCUUUGAAUUCCCAACAAUACUCACCUGAAUAACCCUGUGAAUAUAUUUUACAAAUUAAAAUAAAAUGCUUUCAAUAACAUUGUAGUAUAAAGAGUCCCGAUAAUGUGCUCCACUGUUGUCCAGAUGAGGUCUGCAUGCCUUACAGGAUUCUUCAUGGGGUGAUCCCUGCAGGCUCUAAUGGUUUCAUCUGUCUUCCAUAGAAGGUGGUGGAAGGGAUAAUGCUCUAUGUUGACAUUAGCUGGUAAUUAACAGAGCUAUGAACUCUUCACAUGUCUGAGCAAAGAGAUAAGGUCUACAAUCCACCCUGAAAGCCCUAAAGUAAACACUGGUAUAAAUGCUGAGCUAAAAAUGGUAAGACUUGGUUAUUGACAGAAUAUGGUGGUUAGACUGCAGGGACAUGCUCUGUUGUCAAUUAUAUCUGUAGUUCGCACUUCUUUGGCAUUCUUUUGAUUCAAAGGGACACUAUAGUCACCAAAACAGCUUUAGCUUAAUGAAGCAGUUUUGGUGUAUAGCUUAUGCCUCUGCAGUCUCACUGCUCACUUCUCUGUCAUUUAGGAGAUAUAACUUUGUUUAUGUAGCAGUCACACCUCCUUGCAUGUAACUUGCACAGCCUUCGUAAACACUUCCUGUAAAGUGCGAUCUAAUGUGUAUAUUUCCUUUUUUGUACAUUUUAUUUAAUUUAGUAUUUCUUUUUUUCUGCUCUAUUAAUGGCUUGCUAUGUAAUUAAAGUUCAAUUUACAGAGCAGGAAAUAAAAACAAAAAGUAACAUCUGAUUGAAAAUUAAACCAUAUUGUCCGUGCAGGCUGUGUCAGUCAACAGAAACAAAAGUUAUAUAACUCCUAAUGGCAGAGAAUUGAGCAAUGAGACUUGAGGGUCAUGAUCUAUCAACGAAAACUGCUUGUUUAAGGUAAAGUUGUUUUGGUGUCUGUAGUGUACCUCUUCUGUGAAUUAAUUACCUUGGCAUCUGAAAAGGAGAUUUAGCUCUGCACUUAUAUCAUACUCCUCAUAAAAACAAAUAAUUACAUUUAAAACAAGCCUACAAAGUGACUGUUUAGCCUGCUUUCCUUUAACCUUUAUUUUUUUAAAUUGUAACAUGUAUAUUAACGAUUUCUUUUUCUUUUUGUUUUUUUUGUCCAUAGGAAUGCACACGUUGCACAAAUUACUGUAUCUUUAUUUAAUUCAGACUCCAUCAUAA